GGUUGCCAGGCAACCGUGUCAACAAGCCCCAGGGAGUCAGGGCUCUGUUGGAGGCUCAGACCCUAGAAAGUGGAAAGGCCCAGGAUGCAGGCGCGGAAGGAGGCCGGGCGCAGGGGCCCGUGGGAGCGAGCGGGAAAGGGGUCCCGUGAGGAGCGAGCCAAGGGGCCGCCCGCGGCGGAGCCCCCCAAGCCGGGUUGGGCCGUGUCGCUGGAGGGGCUGGCGGCCAUGCGCCCCGCGCAGCGUCGUCGUCACAUGCUCUUCGGGGACCUGCUGGAGGACGUGGGCGCGGCCGCGUCCAUCUUCCCCCGCGAGUCAGUGGAGCUGGGGUACCGCAUGCCCGACCUGCGCGGCUGGACGCAGUCCCUCGAGCUGCCCGCGGCGCGCCAGGACCUGCUCCUCGGCGUCCUCAAGGCGGCCGAGGCCCGAGGACGGAUCCGGGCCCUGCGGCUGCGCUACAUCCGCAUGCGAGCGGAGGAGAUCGCGCUCCUCGUCCUGCAGCAGAAGUCCGCGCGCGCCGCCAUCCGGCUGGAGCUGUUCCUGCCGCCGCGGCUGAAGCCGACGCGCAUCCCCGACCCCCUGGACCGGCAAGAGAGGAGGCGCGUGGAGACCAUCCUGGAGGAGAAAGUUGAUGGCAGCAUCUUCCCCCGUUGACUGGGACCCCACAGUGUGCCAACGCGCCCCACCUUCCCACAUAAAGUUCUCAUUGUCCAAGCG